AUGCAAAUUUUCAAAAAAUUAUGGACAUCGUCAAAACUUUUUUUUAACUUUUCUAUUAAUGAAUUUCAGCUAGACUUCUCAACAACUGACUCAUAUUUCACUUUGUCCAAAAAACUUGUCCGAUUCAAAAAUUACAAAAAUUUGGAGAACAUCAAAGAAAAAUUCUCAUUGGAUCCAGAAGAUUCUAUCCAUUCAAUUGCUCCAUUUUACAACAGAUCUCAAAAUUCAAUGUACAUCCUUGUUCCAAUAUUUGAUUAUCCAAUUUUCGAUCCAAACUAUCCAAAAUCUUCAAAACUUGCAUCUACUGGAUCCUUGAUUGCACAGGCUAUAGGAGGAAGUAUUGAUUUUAUUGGACAAGAUGGACACAACAAAUGUCUAAUAGAUCAGCAUAAUCAAAAUAAGUCUGGAAAAUCGCAAAACCAGACACUCCCCAUCGAGGCAUUAAUUUCUCAACAGCAUGCCAUUGAAGCCACGUGGCAAACUUUCAAAAAUCUAGAUUUUUCCGAAGAACCUAUAAUCCCAGGAUUCAAACAAGAAGAUGAUAAGACACUAUUUUUUCAACUUUUUGCUCUGAGAUCUUGUGAUCAGGAUUUCAAUCAACUUUUCUCAAAUGUGAAAAAAUUCGCAGAAGUUUUCAACUGUCCGGCUGGUUCUCCAAUGAAUCCGGACAUUAGAUGUGAACUGUUUUAA